UUUCUCCUCCAAAGUGUGCUAUAUAAAGUAUCGAGACCCCUCCAGUGUUGGUGUGGCGCAACAUCUCACAAAUACUGUUUUUGUUGACAGAGCUCUGAUCGUGGUGCCAUGUGCGGAAGGUGAGUGCAACCGGUUUCAUUUUUUUUUUAAAUAAUGAAAAUGUCAUGAGUUGUCUCUGUGGAAUUGCUUUACGGUCUCCUCCCCCCUUGAAUCCAACCGUUUGGUGUUUUGGUUGAAUUCUGGAUUAUUUUUCCCUUUUUUAUUAUUCACUCGGAGUUGUGCCAUUCGGAUUUUAUCCACCUUUUGUCCCAAGUAAACCAGGUGGCUGGUUUGUAUCCCCGCAAUAAAACUCUAGCUACAUAAUCUGUGAAAGGUUUCUGUCUGCUGUCACAAGGUGGUUUCUACAAAUAUCACUAGAGCUAUGUUGAAUGUUUUUUUUUUUUUUCUAAAGCUGCAAGACGAUAUUUACCUCACUGUAAACACUGGAGUGUAUUCACCAUGAGAAGCGAAUUAAUGUUACUUGUUUCAUGGAAAUGACCAAAUAAGUCCAUGCCAUCACAGCUAACUGUAUCCCCUUCUCUCUCUCUCUCUCUCAUCUUUAUUUAUUUUUGGUGCUCCUUUUCUUUAAAUUUCCUCCCCCUUUGGUGCCACUGUUGUUCGUUUUUUUGUGUACAGUGAAAAUAAUGAUAUCGCCUCUAACUUGAUGCUUUUAUGUCCACGUGACUUAGUGCUGGAUGGAAACUGAGUUUAUUAAUUUGGUUUUGUAUGUUUUUUCUGUGUGAUUAUGUGUGCAUAUCAGAUGACUAGACUGGCCCAGCUGUUACACUACACUAGCCUGAGUCAGGCAUUGUUUUCCAAGCCACUAUCCCCGAUCGGGCCAACGCAGCCUUCAAGGGGGAAUGUGACCAGGAGAAUAGCCUGCUGAACCUUCCAAGAUGGACACCUUGUCUCUUUUUAUUUAUUUUGUUUUUUCUUUUGCUGCGGCUUGUGUGUGAUUGAGUUCUGUCCAGGUUGCUACGGCAUACCGGUGGGAUGUGUAUCACACAUGGGAUGCUAGGAGGAUCACUAACACUUUACUCUCUUAUCACCUACUCCUGUUGACGUAGCGAGGGUUUAGACAUUAUAAAAGUGAGACCUGUGUAGAAUUUUCAAAAUUCUAUUUGCAUUUUUCAUCUGUGCUGUAAAUCUGUAGUAAAAGGUUUUUGUUUUUUUUCCCGUCAUAUUACUACAUCACAGAGCUCUGGUGUGGAUGUUUAAUAAUAACACAGCAACUCUCCAUUCAACAUCAUUUUCUCUUUUCUUAACUUGGAAAUUCGUUAAUAUACAGGAACUUUUUGAAAUGGUAAUUCAUGCUCAGUGCCUCCAGCUAUAAUUAACUGAAUUUGUAGUUGUUUUAUUUUUUAUUGGUCUUAAAACGUAGCGCUCUUCUGCAGCUAUAAAAGCAGAGUGGAAUGAGCAAAAUUCCUAAUUGGUUGUUUUUAUGGCUAAGACAUGGCUAACAUUUCCCACAGUUCUUACAAUUGUUGUUCUUUUCUGUAUCUGAUGUCCUGUGUGCUAUUAGUGAUGCAGCCAUUGGGGUUGUCUUGUGUUGCACACCUUUCCAACACUGCGAAACGAUCGCCCCACGGGAAAGCGCCCAUGCUUGAUAUCCUAUGGUUCAUGACCAAUAUGUUUCCAGUACAGGGAGAAUCCCAGAAGAGGCCAAGGCCUUAUCACUUUUGGCACCUGCAGCCCCAGUACCCAGUCUGAUUCCUGGAGGCGGACUGCUACCAAUUCCCACUCCGGCUCCGCUUCAGAACCUGAACCUUCCCGUCGUGAAUCGGGUGCCAGCUGCCCUGGAACCCGCAUCAUCAUCAUCGUCGUCAUCAGCGAGCGCCCAGCAACCCCUCAUGGGAAAUGUGGAUCCCUCAAAAGUGGAUGAGAUCAGGAGGACCGUCUAUGUUGGCAACUUGAACUCACAGACCACCACUGCAGACCAGCUGCUGGAGUUCUUCAAGCAGGUGGGAGAGGUCAAGUUUGUGCGAAUGGCCGGCGAUGAGACUCAGCCGACACGCUUCGCCUUCGUGGAGUUUGUGGAGCAGGAGUCCGUCGGCAGAGCCCUGACAUUCAAUGGAGUCAUGUUCGGGGACCGACCCCUGAAGGUUAAUCAUUCCAAUAACGCCAUAGUAAAACCUCCCGAGAUGACGCCACAGGCCGCCGCUAAGGAGCUAGAGACUGUGAUGAAGAGGGUGAGGGAGGCCCAGUGUACCAUUGCGGCCGCCAUCGAUCCAGCUGACCUAAAGAAGUCCUCCCCCAGUCGGUCGCGGAAGUCGCACCGGUCCCGCUCGCAGUCGCGCUCCCGCUCAAGAACGCAGAGGAAAAGGUCCCAAUCGAAACAAAGACCGGCGCCGAAGGUGGGUCCGAAGACUGCCACCCACAAUUCCCGCAGCACCCACAAGCGGCGCUCUCGCUCCCGAGACAAGAGGCAAAGUCGGAGUCGCUCCAGGGGCCACAAGAGGAGGAGUAAGGAACGGUCCAGGAGCCCUCGGAGGAAAGCCAGAUCGCCCUCACCAAAAAGAGGCAGGAAAGACAAGAGGAGGGAGCGCAGCAGGGACAGAAAGAACCGCUCCACAUCCAGGAAGAGGAGCCGCAAGGACGAGGACAGGAUAAAGGGCAAGGCCAAGCCAAAGAAGGUGGAAAGGGACUAUGACCGCGAGGAAAAGGAAGACGAUGAAAGCGAAGACGCACUCAGCGAGGACAUGGCGUCAUCGGCGCGCACCCAUCAUAACGGCAGCUGCAAGACUCGCAACGCUGAGCGUGCACCCAUGGGCGCAGGCGGCUCCAAGUGAUUUAUCACGACACCGUACAAACUCACGGCGUGCGCAGAAACACCGGGGCGAUAACCACUCACAUCAUCAGCGUGUUUUUCCUCAUCGUCGUCAUCUCAGGAUAUGACAGAACAACACUAAAUGGUGGAGUCAACUCCUCAACAAGAACUGGACUUUUACAAGCUUCCCCAGGCACGCAUAUUGGAUUGCAUUAUAUUAUACGGUUAUCCUCCUCGUCCUCUGUGUGUCACUUACUUGAAGAACCCGACACCUCCUUAUUCUUUCUGUACAGAUACCGUAGACAAAAGAAAGACCGGCCUCGGAGGAGAGAUCCCACAGGGAGAGCAGAGUUUAUAGUCGUUUCUCCAACAAUUUGAAGCCAGAUUUUAGUUGUAGCUUUGUCACAUGGAUAUUACCUGAUACCUCCAGUAGUUUUCCUUCAGUAGUCCAACAAGCAUUUUAGUUCUUCUAAAUAUAUAU